ACCGAGGGGAAACAACUCUAGUCUGUUUACAUGAGUCAAAGUUCAAGUUCUGCAUUAUUGCCAGGGUAGGCAGACGAUGAUGUUUUCUGUUGGCUUGUGCCUUUCGAGAGGAAUCCAACAUAAUUAUUUGAGGUCUAUUAAUGCAGCUAUAAUGAAGCGAAACAGCAGCUCAGAAACCUGGGAUUUCAAGACUCUGAAAGUGACAAGACCACGAGAGUAUGUUGUAAAUGUUGAGCUGAACAGACCAGAAAAGCGAAAUGCAAUGAAUUCAGACCUUUGGAGUGAAAUACGUGCGUGUUUCUUGCAACUGGCCACAGAUGCAGACUGCAGAGCAGUAGUUCUGAGUGGUGCUGGCAAAAUGUUUACAGCAGGUCUUGACUUGACAGAUGCCAUACUUCAGGAGACGACCAUGUCUGAUGCAGAUGUAGGCCGUAAAGCCUUUUCACUUAGACGAAAUAUUGCCUUAUUCCAGGAAUCUUUCACUGUCAUUGAAAAAUGCCCCAAACCAGUUAUAGCAGCAGUGCACAGUGCAUGUUUAGGAGCUGGCAUUGACAUGAUUUCUGCCUGUGAUAUCCGUUACUGCUCUAGCGAUGCUUGGUUCACAAUAAAGGAAGUUGAUCUUGGGCUUGCUGCAGAUGUUGGAACACUUCAAAGAUUCCCUAAAGUGAUAGGCAAUGAUAGUCUUGCCAGAGAACUUGCCCUUACUGCCAGAAAUUUCUUUGCUGAUGAGGCUAAAGAAAUGGGUUUUGUAAGCCGAAUAUUUCCAGACAAAGAACAGCUAAUUGAAGGUGCACUGGACCUUGCAUCUACCAUAGCAUCCAAGAGUCCUAUAGCUGUGCAAGGAACCAAAAUCAGCAUGGUUUACGCCCGUGACCACUCUGUGGCUGAUAGCUUGGAGCACGUGCUGACCUGGAACCAAGCCAUGCUACAAAGUGAAGAUGUGAAGAAUGCAAUCAUGGCUAAUAUGCAGAAGCAGAAACCUGUUUUCUCUAAACUGUGAUACAAUGGUUGUAAAAAGACACAAACUAUUUCAGAUAAUGACUAUGCAGGAGUGACCAUUGUAUAUAGUAUUCUGUAAACAAUCGUCAGUGAAAGAUACAUUAGAAAAGAAUUUGGAUAAUUUUGUAUAUAUAUAUAUGCAUCUGAAUCUGUGCUUGUGUGUGUGUGUGUGAGUGCAGCUGAAUGUAUAUAAAUAAUAGUCUAAUCGAAUGACAUUUAUAAAAGAUCAUUACCUAUUCUUGUAUAGUCUUUUUAGUUUUUGAAAAAUUUUCAUUUUAUACACCUUAAGUGUACAUUAAAAGGGAAACCAAAUAAAGUGUCUGAGAAAUUA